ACAUGGUGGCGCAAGCGCAGGAGCUCUCCCGUAAGCCCCACGUUGUCAUCGCUACGCCCGGCAGGCUGGCAGAUCACCUCCGCAGCUCCAACACCUUCAGCCUGAAGAAGCUCAAGUUCUUGGGGUUUGGGCGCUGCCUCCGGCUGUUGGAGCAGGGCUGUGCUGACUUCACUGCAGACCUGGAGGUGAUCCUGGAGGCCGUCCCAGCACGCAGACAGACGCUGCUGUUCAGUGCCACGCUCACCGACACGCUGAAGGAGCUGAAGAGCCUGGCUGCCAACAGACCCUUCUUCUGGGAGGCCGUGUCCGAGGUGCGGACGGUGGAGGAGCUGGACCAGCGGUACCUGCUCGUACCCGAGGCGGUGAAGGACGCGUAUCUCGUCCACUUGGUCCAGACCUUCCAGGACGAGCACGAGGACUGGUCUAUCAUUAUCUUCACUAAAACCUGCAAGGACUGCCAGGUCCUGAACAUGAUGCUCAGGAAAUACAACUUCCCUUCUGUAGCUCUGCAUUCCAUGAUGAAACAGCGGCAGCGAUUUGCGGCUUUAGCAAAGUUCAAGUCCAGCAUCUUCAAGAUUCUCAUUGCCACUGACGUUGCUGCCAGAGGUUUGGACAUUCCUGCAGUCCAGGUUGUCAUCAACCACAACACUCCUGGCCUGCCCAAGAUCUACAUCCACCGUGUUGGCCGGACAGCCCGUGCAGGUCGGAAAGGAAUGGCCAUCACCCUGGUGACACAGUACGACAUCCACCUCGUGCAUGCUAUAGAGGAAGAAAUCAAGCUGAAGCUGCAGGAGUUCUCUGUGGAGGAGAGGUCUGUGCUCGACAUCCUCACCCAAGUGAACGUCACCAGGAGGGAGUGUGAAAUAGAACUGGAGGGAAUGGACUUUGAUGAGAAGAAAGAAAUAAAUAAGCGGAAACAAAUGAUCCUUGAGGGGAAGGAUCCAGAUCUGGAGGCCAAAAGGAAGGCAGAGCUAGCCAAGAUCAGGAAGAAGAACAAGCAGUGCCGUGAGAAGGUGCAGCAGGUCCUGCAGAAGAGGAAGCAGCUGCAGCUGAAGAGGAAACUGCAGAAGAAGAUGGAGCGGCGGAACAGGCACUUGAAGGAAGAACAGCCCUCCGCCUGA